AUGCAGACUCUUUGGGUCCGUGCCAAGUUGGAGAGGGUAACUCUGCAGCAACAAGCUUCCUGCCUUCAGAACGUGGUGUUUGCGCAACCACAGAUUUCCUAUCCAAUCAACGCGCAGACACCUCCAGUGGCAGUUAUUGACCAGCCUUUCAGCUUCUCAUUCGCCCCGGGCACCUUCUCGUCUACUCAACCACUCAGCUAUAGUCUAGCAGUCUCACCAGAUUGGCUUCAGCUUGACUCGGAUUCUAGGACACUACUCGGAAUACCAUCAGAGCAAGAUGUUGGCCAUGUCCAUAUUACUCUAACGGCUAGCGAUGGCGAGGGUACAGCAAUACUGGACGCAGAUCUCUUGGUUGUGGAUCAGAAAUCUAUUCUCACCGCCCGUGAUAUUCUCAGCGACCGCAUCAGUGAGGCAGGCGAAUACUCUGCUCCCUCGACGUUGCUUCUCCGACCACAAACUGCAUUCACCUUGGCAUUCGGACCGGACGUCUUCGAUACAGACGACUCAAGCAUCAAAUACUAUGCAACCUCUGCCGACAAUUCGCCUUUACCAGCAUGGGUACACUUCGAUGACAAUGCUGUGAUUUUCUCUGGCACAUCGCCGUCGCUUCUGACACCACAAUCCAGUCCACAGACAUUUUCAUUUGCGCUAGCAGCAUCCACCAUACUUGGCUUCUCGCAAGCAGUAGUCAACUUCCAAGUAUCCGUCUCUAACCAUGUUCUUGCAUUCCUUCAACCUACACAGAAGUUCAACGCGUCUGUUGGCGACGAAUUCUCGACUCCAGCUCUACUGAGUCAACUAUACCGAGACGACACACCAUUAGACCGUUCGUUGAUCCGUGUCACAUCGUCUAACCAACCAGAUUGGCUGAUGUUACGCGAGGAUGAGCUUUCUUUCCAUGGCAUUGUACCCGACGUCUCAGAUACAGUCUUCAGCUUAUCAGUGACUGAUAAUCUGAACAAUGUUGCUGAAACUGAGAUUCGGAUCUAUCUCAACGACCCAAAAGCAGACGAUUAUCCGAUCGAGUUGUACCUCGGAAUGCUCGAUGUCACAAGAGGUUCUCUUUUAGAAUAUAGCUAUGACUUGGGCGGCAAGGUCGACCCUUCGGACGACAUUGAGCUAGAUCUGAACUUGGCCAGGUCUUGGCUCACCUUCUCAAGGAACAACUUCACCCUUAGAGGCAUCGUACCGGACGAUGCAGAUGCGGCUGUCUUCAACAUCACAUUGAUGAUCAAGCAGGAUGAAAACAUCAAACAGCUUGACAAUCUUACCAUCCGCAUCAUCCAGGGCGACAAUCCUACUAGUACGAACAUUUCCGAGACCAACAGCGGCACAACCACUCCCACCGCCACUGACAACGGAGUUGCAUCAAGUGGUGACGAAACCCAGGCUCCUGUGACAAGAAAGAAGGCACUGGCACUCUUGGUAGCAUUGCCUAUACUUGCAGCGGCUCUACUAUGCUUAGUUGCUUUCAUCGUGGUGCGGAAAUCGCGAGAUCGACCUCUGGAGACGAGCCGCCAUUCUACGUCAGCCACUUCUAACGGGCGAGCUUCCACACAAGACAUGUCCCAUGAUUCAAGCUCUGAAAACAUUGUUAUAUUGGCUGGAACGUCACCUUUGUCACAAUCCUCAGCCGGUGUCAUGCCCUCAUCGCCGCCACUAAGGGUUGACCUGCCCUGGUCACUGCACCUGAAGCCUCGAAAUAGGAGGCAUUCGGUGAAUGAGGACGACGCAGCAACAACACCUACUACACGGUCGAGCUGGGAACUAUUGCUGGAGGAUGACGAUCACGUAGACUCUGAAACGGGUUCUCCUGGCGGGCUCGAAAUGGCUAGCACCAGCUUAACUGGGUGGGAGCACUCAAAGCGACCACUUACAAGCCCACGUCAACAAAGGAGCUUAUCGGUUCAACGUCUUGGUUAUCGUAAUUUCAAGCCUGAGUCACAAGCCAUGAUGGCAAAGUUCGAUGGUAGACGGAGAAGUGGCCUUGGCCAUGGUAAUGUACUUGAGGCCACUCCAUCAAAUCAUGUUGAGUCAGCGCUACGUUCGGUACCACUGUCGCCUACAUCGGAGAUGCAAAUAGCUCAGAAGUAUGGUAAUCGACGAUUCAGAGAACCAUUGAGGUUACAGGAGCGAUCUGCUACACAUGGCUUAGGAAAACAACCAAGACUCACGACUUGGAAGACGACGUUGAAGCAGAAAGUACCAUCGUCAACAAGCACUGAGUCUAUCUACGCACCACCAGCAGAGGAGGAAGGUUCAGCUAGGACUGAGUCUGGCAGCAGUUCGGCUUCAAGGUGGGAAGACGACGACUGGACGACGGGGAGCAGUGAACAUCAGAGUCAGGGUAGGCAGGCCAGAGAAGUCGCGGGUGGACUCAGCUUACGAGUGGCUGAUCGAGAGAAGAGUGAGGUCGCGAGAGGGCCGCGGAUCACUAGUGCUCUCAGUCAGGGACCAAGUCUAGGAAGCCAGCAAUCGGGGAAUAGCCAAGGGAUCAGCUUGAGGUUCAUAUAG